GCAUUUCAUUUGAAAAGGCGGGGAUUUUUUUUUUAUUCUUUUGUUUCUCUUUUUUUUUAUUCUUUUGUAUCACAAACUUAGUUUAUUCAAUUUAUUUCCUUUAUAUAUGGCAAAUACACCCACAGAUUCACAACAACAAAAGCAACAAACUCAACCCAUUACUUAUUCUCCACCUAAUCAUUCGAUUGAAGAUAUUGAUAAACCACCUAUAGUAUUAGUACCCACUCUGACUCCUCCACAUGUUGUAGCUCAUCAACAUAGUCCAUCUUAUUCCCAUUCAACCACAGCAACUCCUUCUUCACUCAAUGAUCCUGCAAAUCAACAAACUACUUCAACCAAUUCAGUCACCAGUACGACUCAUUUCACCAUGACAACUACUGAUGUCAUGAAGCAACAUCUCCCACCAAGGAAACGAAUACAAUCAUUGAAAAAACAAUUCACCAAACCCAAUUUGUCGGCACCUGUUAUACCCAGUUCUCAGUCUAUCAUCUCUGAACCGAACGAUACUCUUCCGACCAAAGAGGCAGCAAUGGUAGUUCCGUCUGUCGAUCAACCGAUAAAUGAAAUCACUACAACGACAAAUAGCUCCCAUAACAGUAGUCGAUCUUCCUCACCUCUUGUGAAUAUUGAGGACGAUAGUGGUGAAACGACGGAAACUGACGAUGAAGACUAUUUUCACCAACAACAACAAAAUAAAAAGCGACACAAGGACGAUACAACAUAUGACGACGAGGAUGAUAUAGGUAGUGGACAAUCAAAACAAACUGUGAUCAUACAACCUGCUACUACCAUCACUACACCAUCUGCUGUAAGUAAGAAGCCAACAGUUACAUCAAUGCAAAAGACCAAAAAACCUUUGAAAAAACACUGGACAAAGACCAAAAAUAUAUUGGAGUCCUCUGAUGUUUUACCGACAGAUCGGCAAGACAACAUUCAUCCAUCAUCUUCCUCUUUAUCGCCAUGGGCUCCUGAUGAAAAACUUGAUUGAUUAUAGCCAAAAAAGGUCAGAAAAAAGAAAGGGAGACCACCAAUAUCCAAUGUCUCCGAAUAUAGCAAGUCUACUCCUGAUGCCGUUCCAUCCAAACC